UGUCACCAAUAGCACAAUGCUCACAAGCAUUCGUCCAAGCAGUCUGUCUGAGGUGCUUCCUACUGUCGACUCCGGGUCUACUGAUGAUGCCACCAAUAGCACAAUGCUCUUAAGCACUCGUCCAAGCAGUCUGUCUGAGGUGUCUUGUGCCACUGAUGUAACCAAAUAUAGCAAGCAUUCCUAUUCACAUGUUGUCAACAGACGUGCCAUGUCGUCCUGAUCCUUCAGCUUUUGAUAUCCUGGAAGAUAUUUGUGGAGGAUAUGUGUAUGGCAAUCAGAAAACCGAAUGUCACAUAGAUAUGGAAAGUUUUCAUUCUAUCAUUGAUGAUCGUCAUUUGUUGCAGGAGCCUGUAAAACUGCCCUUCCAAAAUAAAGUCAUACAAGCUCAUGGCAAAACUGUGCAGAUGACGACUGACAAUUCAGAAAGUGCAACUGAAGAGGACUCAUCAGACACUUCAGAGAAUAGUUCAGACUAUCAUGGUUCGGAGUCAGAUGAAUCUGAAUCUGAUGAGGAAUCAAUUGUAUUUGACCAGCUAACAGAUAAUAGCUCACAAUUCCAACCACGGCCUUGCAGAGGUAAAGCAGAGCUAGAAGCUAAUGGCAAAGUGCAACCGUCUUCUGAUUCAUCUUCUGAUGGAAGUGACUCCUCAUUUGAUGAAAUCCACAUCGAGUAUUACAAACAGAAGGAGGUAGAGGGUGGUUUGAUCCGAGCUUACAACAAAUUCAAUGCGUGUUUGUUUUGUGAAAAACUUGUAAAUGAUGGCGGAGUAACUAUGGGUGACUUCUUAAAGCCAUCUAAGUUUGAUGCUGUAAUUCAAGCUGUUGAGGAUUUGGCAGGACAGGAUGAGGGGGAAGGUGGUGAUCAUGAGCUACAGCGUCCAUCGUUUGCCCUCAAAGCAGGAUAUGAUUUGGCCUGGCUUGCUCGGAUUAAAAGAGGAAGGGCCAUACGAUCCCAUGACAUCACAUCUGAAGAGGAAGCUAAUAAGUUUCUGCAGCUACAUAGAUCAGAAUGGGGUCUUAAAGUUUCUGCCUCAGCUUGCAAUACCCUUAACACUCGCAAAAGCAAGAAACCUGUGAGUUUACCUAAAACCAGUGACCUUCAGAAACUGUCCAAGUAUGUUACCAGUGAGGUUAAGAAAUGCAAUGAAAUGUUCACAACUUCUUCUACUGCCAACUACAGCUUUUUAAAGCGGAUGCAGAAAGUCACACUUGUACGUCUCUUGUUGUUCAACAAACGACGGCCAUUGGAGCUCUCACAGAUCACCACUGACACAUACAUUAAUCGACCAGGAUGGAACAACUCAAGGGUAGAAGAGCUGUUAUGCCAGAUGACAUCUCUUGAAAAGAAGCUGCUUGAGAGUCACGACCUCUUGAAGAUGAUUGGAAAACGGGGGCGAACAGUCCCUGUUAUUGUUCCUCCAGACUGCAGUAAAUCACUAAAUGCAAUUUCCAAGUUGAGGCAUCUUUUCAUUCCUCCAUCCAACCAGUAUAUGUUUGCGAGAAACACACCAUCCACACACAUGCAGGCUGGUCAUGUUCUCAAAGAAAUUAUCUCAGAAGUGUCUCUUGACUCACCACAAGACAUCCGCACAACUAAAAUGCAGAAAUACACUGCAACAGUUGCACAGAUUCUAAGCCUACAGCCACACCAAUUAGAAUGGGUUGCUAGCCAUCUUGGCCAUAGCGUCAACAUACAUAAAGACUUCUACAGGGUGCAGGACUCAACAAUUGAACUGUGCAAGGUCUCCAAGUUAUUGAUGGCCAUUGAUGCUGGUGAUGUGGGCCAAUGGGCAGGCAAGUCUCUGGAUGACAUACAAGUUGAAGAUAUUGAGAUGGAAGCAACUGAUGAAAUUGAUGACGAUGGAGAUGAAGAUGAACAGGAAAUGAACCAGGUCUCACUUCAAACCUGUUUCAACAAGUCAUCAUCAGCCAGAGAACCAAGCCCUUCAUGUGCACCUAGGUGUACUCCAAGAAGAGUCGAAACUGAAACCAGAUCCAGCUCACGUGAGAUGCCAUCCGAGUUAGCUGAAGGAUCAAGACCUCUUCGUGUAUCAGGAAAGGGAGACAAAUUUCCUUGGUCCAAACAAGAUGCAGACAGAACUCAUCUUGAAAGAAAAGGUACCAGGGAAGAAGGAAUGUCAAGCUUGUAUCACAGCUUCAGUUCCCAUAUUGGACAAAAGAACCUGGCAGUGCUCAAAGAAUCCUCAAGGGAGUAA